AUGCAGGCCCAGAACCUCCUCCGACUCAACUCAGCCUUGACAGUGGUAACUCCAUUGGCACGCCCGUUUUCGAGUCCCAACAGACGCCAGGUGCACUGCGCAUUGCUUUCAAAUACCAUCAUACGCUGCCACUGGCCCCUACUAUACCAGAAAAAAGUGAGGUUAAUGAAUGUGACGAUAUUUUCCUCAGUGGGGCGAUCGACCUGGGCAAAGACAAGCCGGCGUGCCUCUUCCGCCCAAGACUGGGCAUCAUCAUGUAGACAAGGCUGCUGAUCAACAAAUCUACCGAGUUUUUGAGUCUCGUAUAGCAAUAAUGCAGGCAUAAGGGCAUAUAUCGUACCUUGAACCGAGGGCGCAUACGCUGAGAAGUACGUGCCUUUCGAUGGAUCCAUCCAAUAUGGACUGGAGAAAUGUAGGACGGUGGAGAAGCAAGUUCGCGUUGUAUAUGUUGAUAAAAUAAUGAUCCACCAGACCAGAUACAAGAUGUGAGGGAAUUUUGGUGCCCUGAUAGUUUGCUACAUGAGUUGCAGAACUGUCAGAAGCCAGUUCUGGCAAUCCUUGGUGGGAUGAUGAACCCCGAUUUCGACGGCGGGUUCCUAUCCAUUGACAAGAACGACCGAGACGUAAGCACCUGGAGCAUGUCGGUUUCUCGCCUGAGCAGCGAAGCUAGAGCAAUGGUUUGUUUUAAGCGCAUGCUAAUCAAUGACGGAGAAGACAGAUAG